AUGGAGUCUGAUACAUUGCCUGAUACACGACUGCCGUCGUCUUCCCUACCUCGACAAGGAUGGUCCCGACUACUAUCCCCACCACACGCGUCUCCAGUCGUGCCCGCUGUUGGCCCUUCAGACCAGACAAACCAACGAUACGACUCCGUCGCCGACGACCCCGCCGCCGCAUAUCGUGCCACGGCUCUGCGACAGAUCAACGGUUCCCCGAGGCCUGCAUCUCGUCCUAUCCGAGUUGAUAACCCCUCUGGAAGGCGCUCGUCUACACUCGCUUCGCGCCCCGUGCUUGUCAGAGCGUAUUCGGGAGAUGCGCAGGGUAGAACUAGACGACCAUCUACUAUGUCUGCGCGUCGGUUCCUCUCAUUCUCUGGCUCAAAGAGCUCGGCUCCAUCUCGUCCGUCACAGUCUGAUGUCAUGUUUCCUACGGAUAAGGAUUUCAGUAUUGAAAGUAUACUGCAGGCCAUCGAGCCGGAUAUCCGUGGGACUCUGGACUCGAUUGCUGAGAUCUGUGGGCGGAGCAAGCUGAGUCUUUCCAAUGAGUAUGGGAGUCACAUCGCGCCAUUGGGUGAGAUUUGCGCACCUUCGGGUGCGCUGGGACCUGUUGAAGAGGCCAGGUCUAACGAGGAACGAGGUACCGACGACGGCAACACAGUCAUUGUUGAGGAUGAGGCCAGUCCAGAUCCAGCUCGCGAUAUGAACCCAUUCUCGUUUCAUCGGUAUCUGGAAAAUCUGCGACAAACUGCGUCUAUACUCGAACAGAAUGGUACAUCUAGCCCAACGACCUUCAGACAGCCCAAUUCUCCACUAUCUCCUACCAUGGCCUCCGAGGUGGAAACUGUUUUUGCUAUUCCGCCAGAGACCAUAUCCUCAACCCCUUUCACGCGCGAAUUCGCAUCAAAACCUAAGCACAGCGGACGCGAUCUACUUGCGAAGAUCGAUGCUGCUAGCAGGGGCGAACAGCAUUCAUCUCAGAUGUCCACUCCUGCUGUAGUGUCAGAGGUUCAUCUAGAGGCGAUUGCAAAUGAUGGGUCCUCCGCUGAAUUCAAUAUCCUCCCGCAACCUGCUCUGGGUAGUUAUGGUUCGUCUGACAACAUGGAAAGCUCAGGUCCAGAAAUAAUCCAAUCCCUUCUUGGUUGGCUGAGGUGGACUGCGAGUAUCGCUGAACCAGAAUCUAGUCCUGCUUUGCAGUCCGCGGAGGGUCGGCUACGAGCCAUGCUUGAUCGCCCAGGGAAUGAAGCUGUAUCCCCAACUGUGCCUUGA